UGCAGAUCACCCCAGAAACAUGAUUCGAAAAGUGUUAGUAACAGCGUCCCUUGUCAGCACGGGCAUUGCGGCCAUUUGCCAAGUGCCUGGCGGAACCAAUGAUGACUCUGCCGCUAUCAAAGCGGCCUUGACGUCGUGCAAUAACGGCGGGACAGUGGUGCUGGACAAAACAUACACCAUUGGCUCUCUCUUGCAGACCACAGAUCUCCACAACGUUGCCAUCGAAUUGACCGGCACUAUCAAUCUUUCAGCAGACGUCAGCUACUGGGCCUCGAAUGGAUUCCAGUUGAACUACCAGAAAGCGUAUACUGCAUGGACUAUUGGAGGUAGUAACAUCCAUAUCUACGGUGGAGGAACAUACUCAGGCAGUGGCGAUACUUGGUACAAUGCCGGCAAAACAGGUCCAAUCCCGUGGGUGAUCUACAAUGCGCAAAAUGUCCUUGUCGAGAAUAUCAAACAAACCCAAAGCCCAUUCUGGCACAACCUAGUCUACGGCUCCCACAACGUCACCUUCAACAACAUAAACCUGCAUUCCAUACAGUCGAGCGGCAAGCAAGCCCAGAACACCGACGGAUGGGACAUCUACCGCAGCGACACCGUCAACAUCCUCAACAGCAACAUCAUCAAUGGCGACGACUGCGUCAGCUUCAAACCCAACACCACCAACACACUCGUCCAAAACCUCUACUGCCAGGGCUCGCACGGCAUCUCUGUCGGCUCGCUGGGCCAGUACGCCGGCGUGCAAGACAUCAUCGCCAACAUCCUAGUCAAAAACGUAACAAUGGUCAACGCGGAGAACGGCGCACGCAUCAAAGCCUUCGGCGGCAGCGCGAGCGCCUCGUCCACCACCGGCGGCGGCAGCGGGUACGUGAAGAACAUUACCUUCCAGGACUUCACGGUGCAGAACGUCCAGCUCCCCGUCGUCAUCGACCAGUGCUACCAGACGGCCGCCGACACGUGCGCCAGCUACCCCUCGAAAGUCGCCAUCAGCGACGUGCACUACAUCAAUGUCAUGGGCACGGGGGCUAAGAGCAAGGAGGUUGUGUCGCUGGUGUGCAGUGAUGUGUGUCAGGACAUUACGGCGACGGGCACGCGGCUCGUGGGGACGAGCGGCAGUUCGCAGUAUUUUUGUGUCGACAUCGCGAGUACAGCCAGUCUGGACUUUCCGUGCAGUGCGGCCGGGGCGGUGGUUUCGGGCGCCUCGGUGUCGAAGACGAGUGCGGCGACGAAGACGAAGUCGAGUUCUUCGACGAAGAAUAAGACGAGUACGACGAAGACUAAGACGAGUACGACAAAGGCUAAGGCAGUUAGGGCUGAGGCAACGGCGUUGGCGUAAGCUUUAGAGGCUUUCGAAGAGGCAUCUCGCGCUUGUGUGAGAGGUCGCUGGCUUAGGGUUGUCGUAGUUAUAUAUUACAUCAAGCUCAUGUUGUACUUC